AAGAGAGAUUUUCCCAUUAUUGAUCCUAGUAGAGAACUUAGGAGGUGGAGCAUGAAUCGUCCCCAUAUCAGUCCAAGAUUCAUUCGAUUGCUUAUGUUUUCUGCUUUUCUUGCCCUUCUCCUAUGGGAGCUGGCCUAUGCCGACCCUCCUUAUAGCUCUUGUCCUAACACAAGUGCUGACUAUAUAGACGGCAGUCCAUUUAAAAAUAACCUUGACGAACUCCUGAUCUCUUUAUCCUCAAAAGCUUCUUCUUCCAAAUUCUAUAAUACCUCCACAGGAAAUGAUACGUAUAGAGUUUAUGGUGUACACAUGUGCCUCGACUAUGUCACAAAUGAAAACUGCGGGAAGUGCAUAGCAACCGCUACAAAAGACAUUUUGAAGCUCUGUCCAUACACAAGGGAAGCAGUUGUAUGGGAGGAGCUAUGCCAGCUGCGCUACUCCAACCAAAAUUUCUUUGGCCAAGUGAAUCUCACAGGAAACAAGCACCAAUAUAACCCGAUGAAUCUUUCCCAACCACUACAGUUCAAAUAUCGAUCUGUUGUUAAGGAGACUUUGAAUAACCUUACGACGGAGGCAGCAGCUUUCAAUCUUUCAGCUAAAUUACGGUAUGCUACCGGAGAAGUAGACUUUGAGGACAAAACAAUAUAUGCUCUUGUGCAGUGCACAAGAGACUUAUCCGGUGAUGGCUGUCAUUCAUGCCUUGAGAGGGCCAUUGCAGAUGUAUUAAACUGCGCGCUGCUACUUCUCCAUCGGUGCAAGGCUUUUUAG